CCGGAAGCAGGAAGCAGUGUGAGCUUCUAGGACCCUGGCACCUACCUGGCCUGGGGGAGAGGUCACCAUUAGAGGCAGGUGCAGCACUGGAAACAGCCUUGCUAGGGAGAGAGAAGGUAGCCGAGAUGGGACUGUCUGCUGAUGAGCUGAAGCAGGAGCUGGAGGCCACCGCAGGGGCAGUCCUGGGGAAGCUGAGGAGCCACCAGCUGUUCCAGUCUGAAUGGGACACCGGUGCCUUGGUGGUCUUUCUCACAUUUGUGGGCACUGUGGUGUUGUUGCUGUUGCUGGUUGUUGUCCGCUGCUGCUGCUGCUGCAGCACCUCCCCCAGGCCCCGGAAGGAAAAGCCCAAGGGUGUGGAUAACUUGGCUCUGGAACCUUAAUGCUAGCCCUUGGCAUGGGUCCUGUGGACGACAGUAACAGAGCCAAUGUUUACCAAA